GGUUAUAAGUCUACUCCUAAAAAUAAAAGAUGUGAUAUCACUGUGCAAAGACUGAAUUAAAACAUUUCACUACAAAUCCUUCUCCAAAUAUUCAUUAUCAUCUUUUAUCUAGCAAUCGUUCUCCAAAUAAACCUUUAUUAUUAUUAUUAUUAUUAACUGCCUUAACCAAUUUAAAUUCACAAUACUCUCACAACGGCCCCUAAUCUCCACAAACAACGCAUGACCCUCCACCCAAUCACCUUAAACCCCAACCCCAAAACCCUAAAAUCCCUACUCCAAACCUCCAAAACCCUGACCCAACUCAAACCACUCCAUUGCCACCUCACCCGAAACGCCAAAGCCCAAGCCCAAGGCCAAGACAAUAGCUCCACUCUCUUUCUAUGGACACUUCUCAUUCGGGCCUAUACUCGAGCCCACCACUCGAACAAAGCCCUAGCAACCUUCCUCCAAGUGACUCGAGCCCACUUGAGCCCAACCCACUUCACCCUGGCCUCACUUUUGCACGCAUGCUCGAGCCAAAAGGCCAUAUGGCUGGGCUCGAGUGCCCACGCAUGCUUCCACAAAGCCCACAAGGCCCAUAACCCAAUUCUGGAAACCUCUCUUCUGGACAUGUAUGUCAAGUGUGGGUUGAUGAACCAGGCUUGUCAAGUGUUUGAUGAAAUGCUGCAACGAGAUGUGGUUUCAUGGACUGUGAUGGUUGAUGGGUUGGCCAAGCUUGGGUUCAUGGCUGAAGCUAAAGCUUUAUUCGAUUAUAUGCCUCAGAGAAAUGUGGUUUCAUGGACUGCAAUAGUUGCUGGUUAUGUGAGAAAUGGUGAUAUGUGUAAUGCAAAGGAGGUGUUUGAUAAAAUGCCUGACAGAAGCGCCAUGGCUUUUACUGCUAUGAUUUCUGGUUAUUGCAAAAUUGGGCAAGUGGGUCUAGCGAGAGAAGUAUUUGAUUCAAUGGGUAGCCGUGAUUUGGGUUCAUGGGGUGCUAUGAUUGCUGGUUAUGCUCAGAACUGGUGUUGUGAAGAAGCUAUUGAGCUCUUUUAUAAGAUGAGAAACCGUGGGGUUAGAGCUAAUGAGAUUGCAAUGGUGGGUGUUGUCUCAGCUGCUUCAAAAAUUGGAAAACCAGAGGUUUCAGACUCUGUUUCGGAGUAUUUAGAGGUUUUCGGGAUUGAAUUGACUGUGUUUUUGGCCAAUGCUCUAAUACAUAUGUACAUGAAAUGUGGGGUUAUGGAGAAAGCAAAGAACGUGUUUGAUGAAAUGGGUGAAAGCAGAGAUAUAAUCAGUUAUAGCACCAUGAUUGCUGGUUUAGCUGAUCAUGGACAUGGGUUCGAAGCUUUGGGGCUUUUUGAAAAUAUGAUAAAAAAUGAUUUGAGACCAAAUGCGGUUACUUUUAUCAGUGUCCUCAGUGCUUGCAGCCAUGCUGGGUUGGUAGAACAAGGUUGCAGGUAUUUCAAGAUUAUGAGGGAGGAUUAUGGAGUGAAGCCAUCAGUGGAGCAUUAUGCUUGCUUGGUUGAUUUGCUUGGAAGAGCUGGUAUGCUUGAAGAAGCUUACGAGUUGAUUUUGGACAUGGAAGAGACGCCUGAUAGUGCAAUAUGGGGUGCUCUUUUAGGAGCUUGCAGGCUUCACGGAAACAUAGAAUUGGGUGAAAUUGUAGCUGAGAAGUUGUUCGAAUUGGAGCCCGAUAACACAGGGAAUUAUGUACUCUUGGCUCAUAUAUAUGCUUCAAAGGAAGAGUGGGCAGAAGCAGAGAGGGUGAGGAGGAAGAUCAGAGACAGAGGGAUGAGGAAGAGUCCCGGUUGUAGCUGGAUUUGAGAUUCGAUAUUGGUGGUUAGAGAUGAUGGCAAUGAUGAGAAAAAGUUGUUUAUAAUUUAGAAGCCACGAACUUUAUAUGAGCACUAAUGAUGCAAGAUGAGCACUUUGUUUAAAUAUUUGGAAGAAAGUCAAAAAAAACUUGUAAAUAUGCACAAACAACAAAAGCCGAGAAAGUCUUAUUCUCAACUUUUGCUUGCUUUUAAUACAUUUUUUUCUAUCU